GGCAAGAGAAAACGGGCCAUCAGCUGAUGGCGCCAAUUGGAGAGCGGCCACGCAGGUUGACCCGAGGUGGGGCUGUGAGGAGGUCACGCUCCUCAUGAUGACCUCCGGGAACACCUCUCAUCUGUGGCAGGAAUAUGGUCGUGUGAUGGUUGCCGUGGCCCUCAAUAUUAUCAGGGAGACUCCUCCCCACCUCACGCCUCGUCAAUUCGCCACCAACCUAAUAUCUGUCCUUCGACACCCACAGUCGCUAGAGAAGCCUACGAGGCAACGGCAGAAGACAACGGUGCGCAGUAAGAAGGGCACACCAACCACCCCACCCCCACAAUUCUUGGCUCCUCCCCACACUGGAGAUGCAAAUGACGGUGGGGUUGUUGAGGUGAGCGGAGCAGCCAGCAAGUCCACAGAGCGAGUCCCCGCCGCCAGUGUCACCACUAAACGGAAGAGAGUGAAGGGUAUCAAGGACCGUCACCCAUCACACGCUACACCAUCCGUUUGUAUAUCUGUCAAACCGCUAGAGAAGUUGACCAACCUCUCGCAGGACAGUGUCGUUGAAGGUGGUUGUGUGGACGUCCUGCAGGAUGCGUCGGGUGCUCGUCUGACUGGCGCAUCAGAAGCUAACGUCGUUGGGAAUAAACAAUUCUUCAAUACGAGUUCAUAUCACGCCGUAAGAAUUGAAGGGUCUGGUGACGUUCAGAAGGAAAAUAUAAUCCCCAUACCUCCUGAAAAACAAAAGGUUCACUUACAUUACAAAAGCCGAGCUAUGUGUGGCGUAAAUAACAAAAGCGAUGGAGAUAAAUUGAACUCCAUAGUAGUUAUAAAUCCGAAAACUUCACCUGGGAGCUGUGUCGCGUCUCUUGACUCAACGUGGCAAACUCCACCAGCUGAGGGCAGGACAGAGAACCAUGCGUCAAGUCAGUGCAUGAUAGACAUCACAAAUGACGAUUGGAGGUCAUUAUAUGUAGACAUUCAGAACGUUCCUGACCGUUUAUGCUCACCUUCUACAAGUCCUCUGAGUACCAGCAUUCCUCAUGUCUCGAGCAGCAGCAACAAGAACAGCAGUGACUCUAGCACAGGAAGCGGAGGUCCCCGCACGAACACUAAUGAUGGCUGGGGCUCGGUUAUCCCCGACACAGAUGCAACGAACACCUUAACGCGGGACAAGCUCCCCACCUCAGCCACCUCCCAGGGCAACAAAAACAAUGAUGACCGUAGCAGGAGGGAGACAGUGGACAUCGAUACUUCCAUAACAGCUGAUGACACAAAUACUCGCAGAAAUAAGACAGAUACAGUCAGUGGUCGUCAGAACAGCGGGAAAGCAAAUACCACGAAUAAAACACUCGCCCCAGACGGUUAUAUCGGGGACGCAGACGAAGGCUAUGACAGCAGGAAUGACGAGGGCGGCUCCGGUCCGACCAUGAGAGGCUACGACCAACAGGACCAAAUGAACUCCAGGUGCAAGGUAAUAAGGGGAUGUGAUGUGGUCCUCGGGGAGGUGAGGCAAGAGGUGGAGGCGGGGCUGGAGGCGGCCUCCAGAGCAUCCCAACAUAACUGGAGCAACUGUUAUCGUAGUGUCAAGGAGGUGAAGGAGGCGCUGCGCGAGGCUCCGGGCACGGGGAGGCGGGAGGCAGACCUGUGUGUGACCUUCCUGACGGAGGUGCUGACGGCGUUGCUGGGGACCAGUCCACCACACACCUCUCGCUCUCCCACACACUGGUGGUUGGCGUUGAAGGCGGUGGAGAGUGUGGUUGUGGCCGUCAGCACCUGGACCCCGCUGCUGGUGAGAGCUGGUAAUCUUCUUCUGCAGGCUCUCAUCUUCAUCUGCCACAAGAUCAACUAUAGGAUUGCUGGACGAGAGUAUCUGGCGGAGGUAGCCUACUCCCUAGCGGUCGCCAUCACCAGAGUCGUCAUUGCAGCCUGCAACACCAUUGAGCCUGAAGAACCACCUACUACCGCCACCUCCGAGUUCUCAGAAAGCUUCACCUUCAGCGAGCAGCCGUCCAUCGAAGCGGCGCUGGCGGUACUCAACCCAGGUGCUAAUAUGAACUAUAUGAAUGAGUGGAGUUGGGCCACCUUUAAUGAGGAGGGAAUACUGUACUCCGGACCUUGUUCAGCGGCGUCGCCAGCAGGAGAAACGGCAGAAGAGUGUCUGUCGCAAAGCAUGAAGUCUUUACACACCCCUGGAGAAGGGAUUGCUGAGCACACACCAGAGCCAUCAACGGGUGAAACGAGAGGCAGCGAGGGCAACACUGAGGAUAUGAUAUUGAACGCUGAUAAAGCUCCUAGAAGAACCAUUGGACCAAUGGCAGAUGAAGCAGCGAGGAAGGAAGCAAUCACUGCCGCUCUAGUUGCUCUAGCACCAUAUUCACGGCGUAGAGACACCAUGCAGCCUCUCUUUAAGAAGCCAAGAACCUCCGCUCAGGAGAAGCUCCCUGCUAACACAUCCAGUCCUCAAGACACCGCCAAUGUGGAGUGGAACCUGUUGUACUGGAGAUCGGUCAUUAGGGAGGAGUGUGAACCCCACGCAGAUUUUCUUCCUAUGUUUGGUUUCCAAAUUACAGAGAUUAUCCGCAUCAUUGAUCGAUGUUGUGGCUGAUUGGUAUAUUAAGGUUUUUAAGAAUAUUACUGUAUUGCCGUGUAACACUUUCCUUCUCUACGUACAGUGUUUAUUAUACAAAAUAAAUACUCCUACAUUUAUUUCCAUGAUUAGCUUAAUAUAAUUUACCUGAAAAUAAACAUGAAAGCCUUCUGACAAUUCUUUGUUUUUAUUUUAAUGUUAUGAAUG